AUGCCGCUCUUCAAGGGGAAGGGCUCCGCCGAGAACCCGGACAAUUACAGGGGCAUCGCGCUAACCAGUUGCGCCUACAAAGUCCUCACCUCGCUCUCGACAAAGAGACCUGCAGACCGAAUGGAGGAAGAACUGCCUCCGGAACAAUACGGCUUGCUACGGCACGGAAGCGCGACCGACGCCCUGAACAGCGUGAUCGAGUACAUCAAAGAGAAGCGACCCGAAAUGACGUAUGCGGUUUCCAUAGACUACAAGAAGUGCUUCGAUCCAGUCCCGAGAAAUCUGCUUCUUAGAACACUCGGGGAGUUCAGAAUACACUCCAACUUGAGAAGGCUCCUGGCAAAUAUUUCACAACCGAAUUACAUCAAAGUCAGGGAGGGAGACCACGUCGUAGACCGGGAAAUACGACAAAACCACGGACUCACACGAGGAGACCUCGCUAGGCCAUUCCUUUUCGUACUAUACGCGUCGAAGUCAGCAGAUAUUCCGGGGAGAACGGGGGCCAAGCUCGCUCUCUUUGCCGACGACCUGGUCAUCCCGGCGAAGGACAGACAGCGCCUACAAUCGUACAUAAGAAGGGCGAUAGAAUGGAGCGACGAAUAUGGAGUCGACAUUAACACGGAGAAAGCGAAAGUGAUUAGAUUCAGCAACGGCGGAUCUUACGCCACGGACGACCGGAGAAUAUAA